AUGCUGCGGCAGUGCUGGAAGAAGUACCCCACCUACAACCUCAACGCGCUGAUGCGCAAGAGGUACGAGGAGCUCAUGGACGCCAAGGCGUUCAACGAGUGGCUCCAGAACCGCCAGCUGAAGCGGCAGGGCGAGGAGUACGCCGACGCCAUGGGCAGGAUGGCCGAGGCAGUCAACCGCAGGGCGCCGCAGCUCCGCUGGGCCGGGGCGGAGCGGCGGCAGGUCCUCCGAGCCGCCCAGCAAGCGCUGGACUACAUCGAGGAAGGCGAGCCCCUGAAGCUGUCCCUGCCAGACAGGCGUGUCAGCGCCUACGUGCAGAGCCACUUCUACCUCAACGAGUUCCCGCAGUCGACAGACGACUACGUGAGCGCCGACGACGGCUACCAGGGCAGGCCCUUCCCACCGCCGAGGCGCCCCAGCUUCCUGGGCCGGCUUCGAC